AUGUCUGCUCCAAAUCCAAAAGCUUUCCCAUUAGCUGAUUCAAACUUAUCUCAACAAAUCUUAGAUGUUGUUCAACAAGCUCAAAACUUGAGACAAUUAAAGAAAGGUGCUAAUGAAGCCACCAAGACUUUAAACAGAGGUAUUUCUGAAUUCAUCAUUAUGGCCGCUGAUACCGAACCUAUUGAAAUCUUAUUACAUUUACCAUUAUUAUGUGAAGAUAAAAACGUUCCAUACGUUUUCGUUCCUUCCAAGGCUGCUUUAGGUAGAGCUUGUGGUGUUUCUCGUCCAGUUAUUGCUGCUUCAGUCACCUCUAAUGAUGCUUCUUCUAUCAAAAACCAAAUUUAUGGUAUUAAAGAUAAGAUUGAAACUUUAUUAAUCUAG